GUCGUCCGCCCCCAAAGGCUGGAAGAGAAGAGGGAGGGGAGAGAGAAGGGGCCGCCGAGGAGAGAGAAACCGUGCGCCUGCUCCGCCCUCCUUCCUUUCGUCGUUUAUAAGCGACGCCGAGGCAGGCGAGGAAGGCGGGGUAGAGAGAGAAAGCUCGCACGAGGCGAUUUAUAGGGAGGGGAGAGGAGGGGCCGGGCCUCCUUGAGUAGCCCCGGCCAGCCAAUCUCUCGCCUGCGGCGUCGAGCGGGGCGGCGCCAGGGAUGGGGGACUCCGGCGGCUCCGUCGUGUCCGUCGACGUCGAGCGCAUCUCCUUCGGCGGCAAGGAACACCAUAUACAAACGAAUUACGGACCUGUAUCUGUUGCGGUGUAUGGUGACCAUGACAAGCCUGCUCUUGUUACUUACCCAGAUAUUGCUCUAAACCAUAUGUCUUGCUUCCAAGGAUUAUUAUUCUGCCCUGAAGCUGCUUCACUGCUGCUUCACAAUUUUUGCAUUUACCAUAUUAGCCCCCCAGGACAUGAGUUAGGAGCUGCUCCAAUUUCGCCAAAUGCUCCUAUACCAUCUGUUGAUGACUUGGCAGAUCAGGUUGCAGAUGUCCUUGAUUUCUUUGGAUUAGGAUCUGUCAUGUGCUUUGGUGUCACUGCGGGUGCCUAUAUUCUAACUCUGUUUGCAUCAAAGUAUAGGGAGCGUGUAUUAGGUCUUAUCCUUGUUUCACCUCUAUGUAAAGGCCCCACUUGGACUGAGUGGUUAUACAGUAAGGUGAUGUCCAAUUUGCUGUAUUAUUAUGGGAUGUGUGGGUUGGUGAAGGAAUGCCUACUUCAGCGGUACUUCAGCAAGGAAGUUCGAGGGUUCUCUGAAUUACCCGAAUCAGACAUAGUGCAGGCUUGUAAAAGCUUGCUAGAUCAACGGCAGAGCAUGAACGUAUGGCGCUUUGUACAGACAAUGAAUGAGAGAUACGACUUGACUGAACAGCUGAAGCAGCUUCAGUGUAGAACCCUGAUUUUUGUUGGUGAGAAUUCUCAGUUUCACACCGAGGCUGUUCACAUGACAUCAAAGCUCGAUAGGAGAUAUUGUGCUCUAGUUGAGGUUCAAGCAUGCGGGUCACUCGUAACCGAGGAGCAACCACAUGCAAUGCUUAUACCGAUGGAGUACUUCUUCAUGGGAUACGGCUUGUACAGGCCGAGCCAGCUCGACUGCAGCCCGCGCAGCCCCCUGAGCCCAUUCUGUAUAUCGCCGGAGCUCCUGUCACCUGAGAGUAUGGGAGUAAAGCUAAAGCCGAUCAAGACGCGAGUCAGGCUUGAAAUGUAGGAAAAGUGAAUAAGGGGUGGUGCAUAGGGCUGACAUGGUGAGAAUUUAGGCUAACCCGUGGGCUGUCUUAAUUUUUGGAGGUAAAGUGAAGUGAGAUACCUGUUAUACUGCCAUGUAUAUAUAGGAAAUGCUAGGUUGGUGAGCUUUGGGUGGGUUGGGGGCGGUUCUUGUAUUCUUUGAUUUGUAGACUGAUGAAACCUGUAAAUUGGUAUACAUUAUUUAUCAAAGGAAAGCAAAGGAAAUAAUAAUAGCGGAAGGUGAGUUGUUCCCAAUCA